CCGGCUCAGCUGGCCUUGAGAAGCCCCUCCAAGCCUUCCGGGUGGCGUACCUCACUGGCCUCUUGGUUCCCUGGGGUGACAUCUCUGCUCCUGCCCUGGAGACAGCCCUCUCCCCAUCUCAGUGUGGGUGGAGGCAUGGUAUGCUGAGGUCUCUCUGAAGCCCCUGUGCAAGCUUUGAGCCUAAGACCUGGUCCAACAUGGCCAAUCCAGUGCAGCCUCAGUUUACCCGGUCGCAGGAGCUGGGCUCCACCUCACCAUUGGACCUGCCUGAGAUGGAGAAGCUUCUCACCAAGGUGGAGGACAAGGGGGACACAGCCCUGAAUCUGUCCAAGUCUCUGUCAGGGGCUCUGGAUCUGGAGCAGAAUGGGCACAGCCUGCCUUUCAAGGUGAUCUCUGAGGUGCACCGGGAGACCUCCCACCCCGGCUCCCCUUCCCGUGUUAGCUCACGGCGAGCAUCCUCCAUCGUCACCACCUCCUAUGCCCAGGACCAAGAGGCCCCUAAAGAUUACCUAAUCCUUGCCAUCGCUUCUUGCUUCUGCCCCGUCUGGCCCCUCAACCUCAUCCCUCUCAUCUUUUCUAUAAUGUCUCGAAGCAGCGUGCAACAAGGAGACAUGGACGGAGCACGGAGGCUCGGCCGUCUGGCUAGGCUGCUUAGCAUCACCUUCAUCAUCCUGGGGAUCGUGAUCAUCAUUGUGGCUGUCACGGUCAACUUUGCAGUUCACAGUAAAUAGAAGGAAGCAGGGAGCCAUGCUAGCAGAAGCAGACACUGGCCAGCUCUGAACCCACAUACUUUACAUACCAUGGGAUGGCAGGAUGGUGGCUGCCAAGUAGCCACCUGUCUCCAAAAGCACAAUCUUGGAGGAAAACCCAAGACACCCCAUUAUCAGCCCACACCAGAUGGGAAUAUGUGGAGGAAGGAAGGAAGGAAGGAAGGAAGGAAGGAAGGAAGGAAGGGAAUGAAAUUUACUAUGUAACCAAUGGAUAAACGAGUUUAAUCUCACGGACACAUCCCGGCAUUUUGACCCAAUGCUCUGGCUUGCUUCUCAUCCUCACAAUUUCCUGGGACCAAUCAAGCAACAUAAACUGCCAGACAAGAAGAAAACCAGCCCCACCGAUCAGAUCACCUACAAUAGGGAAAGCAGCUGCACAGGCUCAUGGCGUCUGCGGUCUAGGAACACAGAAGUAGGACUUCAUCUUUUGUACUUUUUCUCCAGGGGAGGAAACAGUCUGCACGCAUGCUUUGUGCCUCCUGCCUAUGGUGAUCCCAGCCUUAGCCCGGCUGAAGCUGCCAGAAGGGCGGCCAGGAGGCAGCCACUACCUGGGUAAACCUUCCACUGCAACGUGGAGGGGCAGAGAAGUUGAUGAGGAUGAGACUACGAACACACUGACCUGUCUGUCUGGCUGCUGAGAACUCUGGUCCUAGUGUGUUCCCUUGAUAGCCUUGUCUGCCUCUCGCCACCUCCUGAGCAUGUAGUCUGGGUCACCAAUGGGAAUCUCCUGGGGCCUGACCCAACCUAGGCCAGCCUGAGCUCUCCUCUGCUAUGACCUCCUUCAUGACUUAGGGUGCAGACUGGGGAACCUAUGCAGAGGGGCUCAAGGGCCCCUGUGCUUAGGGGAGGGGCAGGCUUCAGCCCAGUCCCAUCAGAUGCUAAAUUCUUAGCCUGGCAUCCCCGGAGUGGAGUUGGCUUGGGACUGGAGAUGGGGUGAGAAAAUCCCACAGAUUCCCUAGUUAUUUGAGUUGCUUACCAUAGUUGGCCAUAGAGGGUUUUAUUUUAUGAAGGCAUUUGUUUGUUUGUUUGUCGGUCACGGGGCU